GCAGGCUGUAAACAUUGCAGCUCAAAUUAGGUGCCCCGAAGAGGCCUGAGCUCCCCCGCCUCCCAGAUGGCUUGGCAGCUUCUAGUGGUGUCGGCUGCCAUUGGUGUCCUGGUUGUGGGCUUGGUGUGGAAAGCUUUCCAAUGGAACAUCACAGACCACGACUAUGAGCCGUUGGCAGUGGUGUCAGGUGGAGAGACUGACACCGAAAAGGGCAACACACAAACGAACGAAGAGCCUUUGCUCCUUCGUGGGCCCCCACAGGCCGUGGGCAUCAUCACAGCUAUGUGGCUCUUGGCAGUGAUGCAUUAUGAAACGAUGACUUGGCAGCGCCUGGUCGCUAGCCUCCCAGGAUACCUCUUUGGCACCUACUUAGUUCUGGGCUUUAAGUGGAAGCUGGAGACAGGGGUGAGCUGGACCUUUGCCAUUCCGCACUUCCUGUGGCUCAUGGCUGUGCCUUUCAUCGAGAUCCCUUGGUACCUUGUGGUAGUUCAGACGAUCGGUGCGAUCCUGGAGGCCUUCGGACUGGAGACCACGAACAAGUACGAAGUCCUUGGCUUUGUCACUUGCCUUGCUGGUCUCUUUGUGGCCUGGAUCGGUGCCAUCUUCACCAUCACCUGGCAACUGGCCCUCUUUACUCUACCUGGCUGCCUUUUGGUGAUGUUUGUUGGCUACAUUGCGAUUCUGGAAGGAGUGCAAUCGCAAAAUCCGGUAUUCUUCUUACAAAAACCUUUGAUGGCUUGGUGCUUUGCUCUUCCAGUGCUACAUGCCACUGGCCUGUGGUGGCUCCUUUUACUCCUGGAGCUCAUGGCUUUCCUGCUCUUGGCCAUCCCCUGCACGGUCACUGAAGAUUUCGAUAGAUUGAAGAACUUCAUUCCCAUUGAGCUGCUCGUGGGCCUUGCAACUCUCGCAGGAUCCCUUGCUGCCCUGGCGAUGUGGAGUUCAGGUGGCUGGUCUUGGGCCUCUUGGCCUUCGGUCUUCCGUGACCUUUGGCCUUGGGAGCUCUACUUGAUGCCCUUCACCUUGUUUGUCAUUUGGUGAAUUCUUGAAGGAUGUCUCGGUCUCCGCUGGAUUUUUAUU